AAAAUGCUUUCUUCAUUUGUCACUGUGUCUUUACUAUUGCCACUUUUCUCAGUCGCAGCCGUAGUUGAAAAGCGCGCAACAACCCUCAUUCCAAAGUCGGUCUUCGACAGUGUCUCGAACCUAGAGCAAUACUUCACCUACAACUAUCCAUGGGGCGGUAACACGCAUAAUGGCGGUGCACGGAUGGAUUCAGCACAUGUAAAGAUUCCUUCGCCUGGUCAGUUGACGAUAAAAGCACAAUAUGUGACAGGCCAACCACCUGCGACUCAUGGCGGACAGCAAAUCGCAAUCAAUUAUUUGUCCGGAGCUAUAGGCGCGAAACAAAAAUUCACAAUUCCAGUUGGCGGAGGCUUCAUCUUUUCCGGAAGUUUUCAAGCUACCACUGCCAAAGGCACAUGGCCAGCUUUUUGGCUGACUGCUGUUAACGGAUGGCCUCCAGAGAUUGACAUGGCGGAGUGGAAGGGCAGCGGCAAGAUUAGCUUCAACACUUUCAACACCAGCAGCGAGUUGCAAUGGAAGGACGUCAACUAUAACAACCCUGAAAACUGGCACGAUAUCAAGUGCCAAGUGAGGGACCGUGGGAAUGGAAAGGAUGCACAGGUGAAAUAUUGGCUAGACAGUACAGAGGUUACUACUCACUAUGGAAGAGACUAUGUGGGAAAGCCAUUAUACCUAAUUAUCAAUCUUCAGAUGGAAGGCAGCAGUGGAAAGCCCGGGCCCAAGACAGAUACGGCAUAUUCUGUUCGAGAUUUUGAGCGCUCUGUACCGUACCCUUCAGGUCGCCCUCUCCAUGGAAUACAUGCCCUGAAUAAGAGCUCAUCAGAGCCAUCAGUCAGGGAAGAAGAUGCCUGGAAUAAAUUUAUCCUAAAAAAUCCGCUGGUAUUCCCUAAAGAAUUACAUGCCGUCAAUGAGAAAUCGUCAGAGUCUUCAGUAAUAGACAGAGAUCUCUGGAAUAAACCUAUCCAAGAAAACUCACUUGGAAAUCCCGAAAAUUCUGUACUUCCUGGCAGUUAUCGUGAUAUUGUGCUCCCAGAGGUGUACGGCGAGGUGCCCUGCCAUGAGACUGCUACAGUAGUGCGACGCAAGAUAAACGACCUAAUCACGAAGAAGACUCCCAUCCCAGGUUCCGGCAAGGUAUUCAACAAGACUUCCAUUUGCCAGGAGCUUUGUAAGAUCGCAGAGGCGCAUCAUCCGGUCAAGACGGUAGUUGGAAAAAGCAACCGCGGACCCGGUGUGCCAUCCUUGAAUCGUUUCCUCAAGAAAACUGGAUCUAUGGGUGGCGGAGACUCUCAGACGUACUAUUAUGGCACCAUGCUACUUGGGAAACUCCGGAGUUGGAACGGUGAGAAGAAGACCAAAGGAAGGGAGAAGGCUGAAAGAGAGUUUCCGCGUGGACAUUUAAGAGUUGAUCCGGCAACUGCAAAAUUUUAUUACGCUGGACCUAACGGCAGAGAUUCCUACUCCCAAAUCGCCAGAACGCAACGCGCAUCGGAUGAUGACGAGCGUUUUUGAUACUAGGCCAUUUGCCCGUCGUUCAGGCGUAUGGAACGGUAUAUCCGAGAGAACUAAGCACUUUGCUCUCAGUAUCUAGAUUGAUUGUGGAAUUCUGCUGCGCACGUAAGUGGAAAUUGAGAUUUUAUAGUAACAGUGUUAUCUUCCAAGCGGUAGACCUCGAAUCCUACUUUCAA